CUUGAAAAAAGCUCCAUUGAGGAGCUGAAACGUCGCUUUGAAUUUUGACAUGAAGGAAUAAAAUUUUUUACACUUUUUUGCAAUUUUCGAGUGCUGCGCCAUUGUUUUCUAUUACAUGGACUUUGAUCGAGUCAGGGCGCUGGCACCGGACAUCUAAUGGUGAAGUAGUGCUGCAUUGUUUUUGAAUAUAUGUCUAUGAUUUGUUUGCUGGCACACAGUCAAUUAUGGAGGGUGAUUUAAAUGAAGUUAUACCUCAUGUCUCAUCAUAUGCUGAAGGAGAAGUUAACAGGAUUCUGAAUGGCGUAAAGGGUGAUGCUGCCUUUCUAGCAGUACCUGCUAUUGUUGAUGUGAAAAGAAAUUUCGAGUAUGAAUCCAGGAGAGUUAUUAUGUUGGAGCUACAUUUAGUGACUUUGGGCGAAUAUUACAAAUGCAAAAGGAUACCCAGAGGUAUGCGGUCACGGUUAAGGCCUACAGUUUUCUCAGAGAAUCUGGAGUUUAAAAAGAUGUUUGAAUCAAUUUCUGACCGGUAUGCUUUGGACAUUAUUUUACUUAAUUUGGAUUUUUUGCAAAAGGAUUUGUGUGCUGCCAAGGAGAAAUUAAGAGAAGUUGAGAUGAAUCUGGGAACCAUGUUGUCAGGAGAGGAGCUUGGUGCUUACAUGGAAAAAACCAAAGGUUUUUUGGAAAAAUUUAAGAAUGAUACCAUGGACAUUAAAAAGAAAAAGUGGCAUAGAGAUCUAGGGGAUUACAACAGAGGUCGUGUAUACACUUGGAACUAUAAUGAAUACAACAAUGGCAACACACAAGGAACAACACCUAGACGUGGGAGAAAAAAUAAGACUCAACAUGAACAUGUUAUUGAUCAAUCUUCUUUUUUAGUGAAGGACGGACUAAUGGAGGAUUCUCCUCCCAACAUUUCUACAAGAAACCAACCCGAAGGGGUGGGCGCAGGAGACACAGGGGCCGCAAAAACCAGAAGCCAGAAACAAGGCAAGAUUCAAUUUGCCCGACAACAGAAGAAAAAGACAUAAGCUCGCCUGAAACUGUGAUCUUGAUACAAGAAAUUAAGUGGAUAUCAUGUGAAGGAGGACGCCACUCGCUCUGUUUAAUACUGUCUAAAUUGCAUUAAUAAUAUUAUAUGUGGGAGCUGAUAGCUGCAAUCCUUUAUAUUUCUGUUUGUAUAGUUAUAAUAAUAAAAAUUUACAUUGAGCAACAUGCACAUUCACACAAUUUUAUUUAUUUAUCUAUUUAUUUCUUAAUUAUUUUUAUUUUUUUAUUUUUUAUUUUUUUUGGAUUAUGCUUUAUUCCCCCUUGGGAGGUUGGUUAUAUAGGGGGACCAUAGGAGACCAGGGUACCAGGACAUCCUGUCGCAACUGCUAUUAGGGAAAAGCCAUAAGAGGGGCAGGGCGCUGCUGAAAAGCGGGCGCACUCCUGAAUAGGUUGUAGGGGGUUGAUCGGGUGUCAUGGGGCCUUUUCACUAGGGUCUCUGACAUCAGUUCUCCCCGUUUACUAUGGGUCCUUGACCCUCUCAGGGGGGCCGGGACUCGUGGUUCUACUUACCAGGGAGUUCCCCUCAAAAUCAGGGCAAAAAAAUCAUGAAGAGUUUUUUUUGAAUAAAGAAGAAUUAUUUUCUUGAGUUAAAGUUUCUAAUAUAUUAGGAAGAUAUGACUGUGAUGUCCUGUGCAUCCAUGUUACACUGGAUAUAGAAGGUCCGACUCAUUUUACCAACCUCCAGAGUAAUUUUAUUUAUUUUAUUUACUCAUUUAUAGUUUAUUUUGUAUUUUUUCCUUACAUUUUAUCAUUUUUGGGUGAUUUUGUAUUUUUAUUAUUAUUAGUAUUAUUUAUUUAUUUAUUCUUUAUUUUUUUCACUAUAAAAAAUCUUUUGUCCCUAAGAAAUUAUUUUUAUCACAGAGUGGUUUAAGUAUAGAGUACACAGUAAAUUAGUUUUGGUCACAAUCAGCACUUCACACAACACCUUUUCCUUUUUUUUACACAACACAUAUUCUUUAUUUAGUCCAGCAUUCACACAGUUAACAGUGUGCACACAUACUGUGCAGCAAGAUGCCUCUGGAGACAUAGCGAUAUAUCCAGGGGCCUUGCAGCCAAUAGGUUUGUAGCUCUAUAUCUCCCACACUGUUUAUUUAGUUACUAUGGUAACCUAGACCAUGUGAGUGUUGUGGCCGGCGUUACACUGUGAUCGCUGGGCUCAGAGGAGCGAUCAUGUGAUGUCUGAUCACAUGACACAUCACAGGUCCCGGAAGCCCUAGAAUACUGUAUUGCACGCAGGCGCAGUGCAUUUGUAUACAAGCUAACGGCGCCAUCUUCAAACACAGAGCGGGUGAGCUAUCUAUCCUGUUUUUUCUAUGCAUAUUGUAAUUAUGUAUGUUAUACAGCUGUAUAUUUAAUUGCUUGUUAAUAUGGAGCAGUACAGUUUCAAGCCUCAUUGUUUUUAACUUCCCAUAAAACGGGUAUUAUGCACUUUUUUAUGUACUUAUGUACUCUUAUAACUUUG